UUUUUGGUUCGCUUUCACCUGCUUACAGACACAUAUCUAAGUUGAACUCGUUUCACCCCACAACUUCUCGCACUCUCGAAUUUAGAAUUUCACACUCGCACACAAGAUAUCAGCUCUACACAAGCACAC